CAGGAUCAGCCUCAUCAGAACAGGAGGGAGAGGAUUUUUACUUGCACUUAGCUCCCCACCAGGUACAGGUGUGGGAGGAGAAGGAGAGGAACAGGCAGGAGAAAGCAGUAUCAGGCAUCCUGGACAUCGGGCCAGCAUGGCGACCCUUAUGGAAAACAUAGUCAGACCUUCUGCUGUUGUUUUCCAGCUAUCUGUGGUGCUUGGUGUCAUCUUUGUGUUGUUAAAAGUGGCCCAAUUCUACCAGGAGAGGAAGAAACUCAUCAAUGCUCUGAAGGCAUUCCCUGGUCCCCCAAAACACUGGCUUUAUGGCCACAAUCAUCUGAUAACUUCCAAUAAUGUGUUAAAUCAGCUGGUGUCUUGGGGAGAAGAAUACCCCUAUGCCUUUCCCAGAUGGUUUGGACCAGUCCUGCCUUCUAUAAUAAUCCAUCAUCCUGAAUAUGCCAAAAUCAUACUUGGCCAAACAGAUCGCAAGCCCAAAAUUCCCUACAAAUUCCUUGUUCCCUGGAUCGGGCAGGGGCUGUUGACCAUGGAUGGAAGCAAAUGGUUCCAGCAUCGGAAGCUGCUCACCCCAGCUUUUCAUUAUGAUGUGCUGAAACCUUAUGUGGCCCUGGUGUCAGACUCGGUCAAAGUGAUGCUGGAUAAAUGGGAAAAGAAGAACCUAGAGCAGAACUCAGUGGAGCUCUUUCAAGAGGUCAGCUUGAUGACACUGGACAGCAUCAUGAAAUGUGCCUUCAGUUAUAACAGCAACUGUCAGACUCAGAGCAACUCAGACUAUUAUAUCAGAGCUGUUUAUGACUUGAGCUACCUUUUGAGCAAGAGAUUACAGACUUUUUCUUACAAGGAUAUCUUCUACGACUUGACUCGCAAAGGCCGUGAGUUUCAGGAUGCCUGCAAGCUGGCCCAUACCCACACAGAUAAGGUAAUAAAAGAAAGAAAGAUGUUGCUCUCCAGUGAGACGGAACUUGACAAGAUCCAGAAGAAGAAACACCUGGAUUUUCUAGACAUUCUUCUUUGUACCAAGGAUGCAAAUGGAGUUGGGCUAUCUGAUGAGGACCUGCGUGCCGAGGUGGACACAUUCAUGUUUGCAGGUCAUGAUACUACAGCCAGUGGGAUCUCCUGGCUCUUGUACUGCCUGUCAUUAUAUCCACAAUACCAGCAACGGUGCAGGGAGGAGAUCCAGGGGAUCUUGGGAGACCGAGAUACCGUUGAGUGGGAGGACCUUGGGAAGAUGACUUUUACCACAAUGUGCAUCAAAGAGAGCUUGCGCCUGUUCCCACCAGCUCCUUCAGUGUCCCGAUACCUCUCUAAACCGCUCACAUUUCCUGAUGGACGCAGCUUGCCAGCAGGCUGCCAGGUUUCUGUGAACAUAUUUGCUAUGCACAGGAACCGGGACGUGUGGGAUAACCCUGAGGUGUAUGAUCCCAUGAGGUUUUCUCCAGAGAACUCAGCACAGAGGCACUCCCACGCUUUCCUGCCUUUCUCCGCUGGAUCCAGGAACUGCAUCGGGCAGCAGUUUGCCAUGAAUGAGAUGAAGGUGGCACUGGCCUUGACCCUGCUCCGAUUUGAACUCUCCCCCGACCCAUCCAAACCUCCCUCACUGACAUCACAGAUCAUCCUCAGGUCUAGCAAUGGGAUCCACCUGCAUUUGAAGAAGAUUCGCUGACCCAGUGGGGUAUAACGGUGGUGACGAGUGCUUUCCCAAGAACCACCCUCCACCCAGAGGUAUAAAAGGGUGACACCAAACAGACCCACCCUGGCUACGUAGGACCUCUUCCACAUUAACCUUCUCCCUGCUGCCAUGCAGGGAGAUACGCUGAUCCCCUUGCACAGGCACAAAAUCCACCAGAUCCACGUCCCCUCUUUGUGCAGAGAACAGCUCUGUCAAGGGCUUUUCACAUCAUGGCUGUGGCUCAGCCUUAACCUUCACAGGAUUGUCUAUGUCCUCUUUAUCUCCUCACCUCUAAACUGCCUUUACAUUCUACUUAGUAGGACUUCUGCUUCCUACCUUUGUAUUUGUACCACUGCCAGUUCCGUGCUUGUCACGGGGAUGGACAAUAGUGGUGUGUUUUGUACAAGCAUCUUAAAGGCUGGGCACUACCUGAGCACCAAAUCCCUGCCCUACCUCCAGCCUGGAUAUGCCGGGGCAGGAGACCUCCUCUCUGUAGCAACACAGCAUUCCCACACAUCACCUAAUCUGUGCCGGGGCUGGCACUGUGCCUGCUGUUACAGAAACAAAGACCAGCAGGUUUUUCUGCCCUAGCACUGAACUUCCUUGAGCUUAAGGUGCUCAGGAGCAAGAACAGAGACGUGGCUCCAGCUGACAAGAAGAAAGCACUUGCUGCCCUCCGAACAGCAUGCGAUCAGACUUCUCCUCCUCUCUGAAAUGAGAAUAAAGAAUCAUGGAGACUCUC